AUGAAUACGAGUACAGUGAACAUUCUGCGGACAACCCAAUCGUCGCAUAGUAAACCAUCAGUAAAUGUCAACGAAAGGAAAACGUCGCAUAGCAACCCGUCAGUAAAUGUGACAGCGAGGAAAAGAUCCAAUAGCAAUGCGGGUGUAAUUCUAACGGAACUGCCUGUUCCCGAAGCAUUUUCCGAGUCAGGAUUUUAUGGAGACAGAAGAAUACUGAAGUACCGAUGGUUUUUUAAGCCAAAUAAAACCAGACAUUUCCAGUUAAAUCAUCGUUUCUUGAAAGGUUCUGCCAAAGCAUGCACACACAAGGAGCGACAUCAGCUGGUUGUGUUAGUGAUGACAAUGCAUCACAUGGAGUCGCAAAGACAGGCGAUUCGUAAUACCUGGGGUAGUGUGUCUACCCUGGGUACAUGGCCAGGGUCAACAGAGAAAUUUUCUAUUAAAUUACUAUUCGUCUUAGGUGUUAGUAAAAACGAAUCCUUAAACAUCGCUGUCUCUAAGGAAGCAGAGGAAAGGGGAGACUUGAUCAUAGCUGCAUUUGACGAAAGCUACUACAACUUGACACGCAAAGUGUUGAUGGGGUUUAAGUGGAUUAGUGAGUUCUGCCCCACAGCCAAGUACGUCAUGAAAGUUGACGAGGACACGUAUCUAAACAUCCCGAAAAAUGUGCACAGGCUAAGAAAGUUUCCUGACUCAACUGCACCACCGGCCAUUAUAGCAAACUUCGAAUAUAUGAGGGAUAAAGAACUGAUUCUAACUAAGGUUUUACUUCUUGGGAAAUCAAAAAUCACGAUUCGUACCGAACAUUGA